AUGGCGAAAAAGGUAAAAUCACAUGUCACUAAUUUUGAUGUUGUAAUGUACAGGGAUAUGGUUAAGGGAAUGAGCUCAUCUGAAAUUUGCAAUCUUAUCCAAAAUGUGUUUAGACCUGACAAAAAAAUUCAUUUCUUAAGACUAGUGGCAGAAGCUUCAGGUAUGAUUGGCUAGAAUUACAUUCAUGGCUUUGUUAUUCACCUUCUCAAGAUGGUGCAUUCUGCCUGUCGUGUGUUCUGUUUGGAGAUCACUUUCCUGGUAAAUGUAGCAAAAUUAUAAUUUAUUUUCUCAGCCUCGUCACCGUUCGAGUGGUGCAGCAUAUACUAUGAAACAUCAUGCUGGACAGGGUUUAGGUGGGGAAAUUUAGCCUGCAUGCAUGUACCUUCCCUAUACUGACAUCUUUACUUUCUCAAAUGUCAGGGAAAGCACAGCCUAUAGAGGUAAUUUUAGAAAGAAAUCGAGGAAAAUAGAAAGAAACGUGCCUCAAUUGUAGAUUCUGUUAUUUUUUGUGGCCAUUACCAUUACGUGGUCAUCGUGAUGACUCUAAAUACCAUCAAGAAGUUGGCAAUUACUCUACAGGGGGAGUUGGUGAUUUUGUAGAUUAUCAAGUGUUGUGGUCAGGUGAUCAGUGAACAGAUCAUUCAAGAUGUUAAGGCUAGUACAUUUUAUUCUAUUAUUGCAGAUGAGGCUGCAGACUCUUCUCAUAAGGAGCAAAUGUCUCUUGUUUUACAUUUUGUAGACAUGAAUAUUCAAGAAGAAUUUAUUGCUUUCCUUCAGUGUAGGUGGGGGUUAACUGGUGAACAACUUGCCAAGUUAAUCUUGGAAGCUCUUAACAACCUGACGUUAUCUAUUGAUGAUUGUCGAGGGCAAGGUUAUGACGGUACAGGUGCUGUGGCGGGACAUAUCAAUGGUUUGUCAGCUAAUAUUUUACAUAUUAAUGAGAAAGCUCUUGAAACCCAUUGUUAUAGUAAUCGACUUAAUUUAGCUAUAUGUGAUUCUUUGACUGUUUUUGAGGUCAAUACUAUGAUGAAACAUGUUAAAGAAGUGGCACAUUUUAUUAAUAUCUCCCAGGCACGUAACAUGCCUUUUGAGGAAAAUGUCCACAAUUAUCCUGAGAGAGAAACUCAGAAAAAACGGCUGGUAGAUGUUUGUCGGACCAGCUGGGUUGAGCAAAUUGCGGGUUUCGAUACAUUUAUUGAGCUUUUUGUCCCUUUAUAUGAUACCCUCAAGGAGAUGAAAGAUAAUGUAGAAGGGAGCUAUAGACCAAACCUUGUCACUGACGUUUCUCAUUGUUAUGAUCUUGUAGCAAAGUCCGAAUUUAUUGCAGCUUUGAUAAUUUCCCACAAUAUUCUUGAUAGACUUCUUCCAGUAACUUAA